AUGCUACAAAAAGAAGAUGAAGCUGCCCAUCUGUUGGAGCAGAAGCUGAGGAAGAAAUUGAAAGACACUACGUUGGAGGCAAAGCCUAAAAAAUCCAGAGUGAAAAAGCAAGAAAAAUCAAGCUCUGCAGAAGAAGCCAACAACGCUUCAGAUACUACUGUUGUCAGAAACAUUAAAAAGACUAAAAAGGAGAAGCCACGAGAACAGGAUGAGAAAGUCACGUAUGCCAGAUUAAUUAAGGAUCCCAGAAAAGAGAAGGAAACCUCUUCUUCUCAUUCCAGCAUAAGCAAGACACCAAAAAAGAAACAUGAGGAUUCUGAUGAUGAAGAUGAGGAGGAGGAAGAGGAGGAGUGGGAGGAAGAGAAGGAUUCUGAAAGUGAACAGCCACCAAAAAUGCCUAAAAAAAAGCUCCUCAGAGCUACUUCAUUGGACAAAAGUAAAGUGAGGAAGGCCAAAAGUAAAGGAAACAAGCCUGAAGCUGGUAUCAAGGCAGCAACUACAAAGACUCUGAAAAAAGACUCAACCUCCGUCUUCCACGUGAGUGAGGAUAACAAAGGCAAACGUGUCAAAAGCAAAGUGCUAAAAAAUAGCGACACAGAAGAUGAUUCCAGUUCCAAUGCCAAGUCAACCAAAUCGGAGAAAAAGAAGAGCGCAGUAUCAAUGUUCCAAACUGGAGGAGAAGGCCUAAAGAAGAAGAAAGCUAAAAAGAAGGUUCCCGCUAAAGCCAUGGAAAAUGAAAGCGAGGAAGAGGUAGUCCAUAAGAACUCCAACCGGAAAGGGAAAACCAAGAAAUCCAAAAAGAAAGAAGAAAGGCCACCUUCUCCAGUCAUUGAAGAGGACAAUCUUGAGGAAUUUGUGCUGCAGCCGGCUCCUCAGGGAAUGACCAUCAAGUGUCGUCUCACUCGAGACAAAAGAGGGAUGGAUCGUGGUCUCUACCCUACCUAUUACCUUCAUCUUGAUAAUGACAAAAAGAUUUUUUUGUUGGCUGGUCGAAAACGAAAAAAGAGCAAGACAUCUAAUUAUCUGAUUUCCACUGAUCCUACUGACUUGAGCCGAGAUGGGGAGAACUUCAUUGGAAAGCUAAGAUCCAAUUUAAUGGGUACUCGAUUCUCAGUGUUUGACAAUGGUGUAAAUCCAGACAGAGCAAAUGCUGACUGGUCCAAUGUACGCCAGGAGCUUGCAGCUGUUAUUUAUGAGACAAAUGUGUUAGGUUUCAAAGGACCUCGAAAAAUGACAGUGGUCAUUCCUGGAAUGAAUUCUGAUAACGAAAGGGUGCCAAUCCGUCCCCGAAAUGAUAAUGAUGGGUUACUCAUGAGAUGGCAGAAUAAGAUAAUGGACAGCUUAAUUGAGCUGCAUAACAAAGCCCCUGUAUGGAACGAUGAAACUCAGUCUUACGUGCUGAACUUCCAUGGAAGAGUUACACAUGCUUCGGUUAAGAACUUCCAGAUUGUGCAUAAUGAGGACCUUGAAUACAUCAUCUUACAGUUUGGCCGAGUGGCUGAUGAUGUUUUUACCAUGGACUACAAUUACCCACUUUGUGCUGUGCAGGCUUUUGCCAUUGCCCUCUCAAGCUUCGAUGGGAAACUGGCCUGUGAAUAG